AUGCCGCCGUAUACCGUGGAAGAUUUGGUUUCAGCGUCUGAGCAAAAGAUUGGUGCUGUUCUUCGUGCCUUGUGCCAAGAUGAAGAUACCCGCUCCCGUGCUCCGGACCACUACAACAGCUUGCAAGCCACGCCUGAACUUUCCGAUGGGCGCAAACGCAAGGCGGAAGAUGAGAUGCGUAUCUGUGGCCAGUGCAAAAAGGAGUUUAACAAACACGAAAACACCGUUUUCAUCCUGGUAAGAGUGAUGUACGCCGAUGAGGAGGCUGAGGCAUGGGACGACCAUGGAGGUUCACUUGAGGACGUCGAAACAGACGAAUAUCGCGAAGAAUUUCCAGAUGCUUUUCUUUGGGAUUGUUGUGAUAAGGGAGGCACUGAAGAGGGGUGUACCCAUGGAAAGCAUGAGGCUCAGCCGAUCUAA